CAGUCGAUGGCGGGCUCAGGAUGAUCCUACGUCUCCGCUGAAUGCCAGCCCAGCGUCGGAGCGACAGUCGUUCCCUCGAAAUUGCACUCGCUGCGCGCGCCCGCGCGACGAUCCCUCGUUCCUCGGUCGAAAUCGCGUCACAUUUCGUGUUUCUGACGGGAUUGCGGCGUUUUACAAACGACACGAAAAAUAGAAAGACACUUGUUUUCUCCUUGACAUCGGGCGAGCCGCACGUGACGAAUGUUACACGGGAACGAUGUCGGCACGACGAACGUGCUCGGAGCGAGGCGAUCGGUGAUUCCCAGGAUUAUUCAGGCGUUCCCGAGCCGGGAACGUGGUCCUGAUACAUUCCUUCGGAAAACGGAAGAAAGGACCGAGGGAAGAUUGACGGGAGGACACGAAGAGGGGAGAAAUCGAGGCGAUCAGCGGCGCAAGCCCGCACAUCCGUCGGCGAGUCCACGAUCAGAAUGUCAUUGGGCUAACACCGAUGCUAUGGCAGCCGAUCUCUACGCGAAUGGCUCUGUAAAGUCGACGUCCAUCAGGACCGUAGGCAACAUGGGGCAACGGAAAUCGGGCGCCUUGGGCUCUCCGGCGCCUAUAUCGACGGAGGAGGAGCAACUGAAGUUUCAGGACAGCAGAUUUCUGACGACUCUGGUGCUCGGCAGAAGUAGAAAAAUCUCGCCGGACGUGUUGCCGUCGUGCUCGCCGGGUGUGUUUCGACAGAGAUCAUUUCGCUCGUCUACGCCGCCAAAGGUGCCGGUGCCGGCGGUGCUAGCAGCAUCGUUGACCGCAACAACACCGAGCUCCAGCCCGCGGAACGACAGACGAGGCGCACCUGCCGCCGCCGCCGCCGCCGCCGCCGCCACCACCGUCACCGUCGCCGCAGCGAACGAUCGCUACGCUCCUCGUGCACACCUCACCCCCACCACCAGCGCCCCCGUCGCGACCGCUGUCUCGACACGUGACUGCGGCGCGCGGGCAGCCUCGUUGUCGUUGUCGCUGUCGCGGGGCGCCCGAGCAGCCGCCAAGCACGCACGCCUCGGCCCGGCACUGGCCAGCAAAAUGGCGUCCGCGAGCUCCUCGACGGUCGUGCAGGGCUGGCCGAAUACUAAGGACGACUACGAACUGAAGGAGGUUAUCGGGGUUGGAGCGACCGCUGUAGUCCACGCAGCAUUUUGCAUACCACGACAAGAGAAAUGCGCGAUCAAGAGAAUAAAUCUAGAAAAAUGGAACACGAACAUGGACGAGCUGCUGAAAGAGAUACAGGCGAUGUCUUCUUGCAAUCACGAGAACGUGGUGACGUACUACACGUCGUUUGUGGUGAAAGAGGAGCUCUGGCUGGUUCUGAGAUUGUUGGAGGGUGGAUCCCUGCUGGAUAUCAUCAAGCAUAAGACCAGGACUACCAAUUGCAAGCACGGAGUGUUCGACGAGGCCACCAUAGCCACUGUGCUUCGAGAAGUCCUCAAAGGGCUCGAGUAUUUUCACAGCAAUGGGCAGAUUCAUAGGGACAUAAAAGCGGGUAAUAUCCUACUAGGCGAGGAUGGCACGGUGCAGAUCGCCGACUUCGGUGUCAGCGCGUGGCUCGCGACCGGCCGCGACCUCAGCAGACAAAAGGUGCGGCACACCUUCGUCGGUACGCCGUGUUGGAUGGCGCCCGAGGUCAUGGAGCAGGUGAGAGAGGACCAUGGCUAUGAUUUCAAGGCCGACAUAUGGUCACUUGGAAUCACGGCUAUCGAGAUGGCCAGUGGCACAGCUCCGUAUCACAAGUAUCCGCCGAUGAAGGUCCUAAUGUUGACGUUGCAGAACGAUCCGCCAACCCUGGACACCGCCGCGGACGAUAAAGAUCAGUACAAGGCAUACGGGAAAACAUUCCGGAAAAUGAUCGUCGACUGUUUACAAAAGGAUCCUACUAAGAGACCGACGGCCACCGAGCUGCUGAAGCAUCCCUUCUUCAAGAAGGCCAAAGAUAAGAAGUAUCUGCAACAGACGCUAGUGGCAAUAGGACCUAGUUUAGAAACGCGUGUACAAAAGGCAUCGAAAAGACAGCCUGGCACGUCGGGUCGCUUGCACCGGACGGUGACUGGAGAGUGGGUUUGGUCGUCAGAGGAGGAGGACAGCGGCGCGUCGAGCGGCGAGGAAGCCGCCAAGGAAGCAUUACCGGUUAACACUAUCGAGAAAGCCAGCAGUGACGAGGAGGCUGGCGAGAACGAAGAGUACGAGGGUCAAAUCAAGUUAGCGCCGAGUCAACUCGUGAUACAAGCUGCCGAGCAAAAUGUUCCUAUCAAUCUGGUGCUCCGAUUACGAAACGAGAGACGGGAACUUAACGACAUUAGGUUCGAAUUCACCGUUGGAGUGGAUUCCGCGCAAGGAAUCGCGGCAGAAUUGGUUGCCGCCGGUUUAGUUGACGGUAAAGACGUCGUGGUGAUAGCGGCGAAUCUGAAAAAGUUAAUAGAGAGCGCGGGACAGUUGCGGACAGUGACAUUUUCCUUGAAUUCCGGCUACGCAGCAAACGAAAUACCAGAUGACAAGGCGUUAAUAGGAUUUGCUCAGAUCUCCCUCACCGACUAAACACCCCCGAUUGCGUUCUGAAGUCUCAGGACAAACGUUCUUAAUUGACACAUUUUGUCACUCGAAGAUCGGGGAGUACCAAAAGCUAAUGCGAAUCGGCUUGAUGCUACUUUUGUCGGGAUACUACAAAACAGCACGGCAGUACGAAACACCGGAAAGAAAGCUUGACUCACACACAACACAAACACCCUUACACGAACACGCGCACACCCGAGGUGCACACAUCCACACCUACACAUUCUCACACGAUAUACAAGUGCAGAAGUUAAUUGACCGCUAACGUUCGCGUACACAAAUCAAAUGCACAUAGCUUUUGAUACUUUCGUUUCUUUCGGACUCUUUAAUAACGUAGAGAGCGUUAAUUAUACAGGGCGUAGGUGUUCGAAAUUCACGAUUGAUUACAAACACGUCAGUAGUAAUGGACUGCUCAAGUGUGCGUGUCGUGAUAACAUCGCCGACGGUCGCGAUACGUUUCGCAGGUACCGAGGCAGAUACAUACAAAACAUUAUCAUUCAGUACUGGCUUAAGGGUAUAGACUUACUCUGAUCAAUAAUGGCUGUAGUUUUACAUAACCGAGUUGUAUCAUCACCAUAUUACGCAUCCAGUCUAUGUAAAUAUUCGAGCGUUUGUUAAGUUUUUUUCCUCUUUUUUUCUUCUCUGCGAUAUGUCGAAUGGAAGACAAAUUGUGGAACGCGCGAACAAGCGAGCGAGCGAGUGAGCGAACAUGAAGGAUCGAGAGAACGCUUGAUAGUCUAAUUUAUUUGUCCGAAAUGCGAGAGCGGUUUCUCUCUCGAAUAACGAGAUCUUAGUUAUACGAAAAAAAAGGAAAGAAAAAAGAAACAAUUUGAAUGUGUGCUACGCGCAGAGUCAUUAUAUUGUCUAUGUAACAUACCAAUUAUCCGCGUAUAUCUUAUAUAUGCUUUAUGCUGAAAUGUGGAAAAAGGAAACAGAUAGAGAAUGUUAACGAAAUACGAAAAAUCUUUUGUACUUAAUUAAAUAGACUUACGAUAGAGUGAAAUAAUAUUUUCACAGUUUUUAGACACAGAGAGAGAAAUGCAGAGGGGAGAGGGUAGAAAGAUGAGAGAGAGGGGGAGAAAGAGAAAGAGAGCGAGAGAGAGAUGGUCGAGAAAUUUGUAUCUAGUACAUCUUGAAAUUUUAAAAUUAAGUCAUCUCUUUAUAAAACGCGUCGUAAAAUGGAUAAAGUCAGGAUCACGUGACGAUAAUUAGAAGCCAAUUGUACUUUACGAUUUCGCGGAUAAAGUGUUCACUAUUUUCACAUUCUUGUAUCAACUGUAAAUCGUAUAAGGAGAUACAUUUCUGCAAUCGUUAUUAUUAUUCAUUCGGUUUUCACGUACAACAGGUAUAGGAAGCAGGAGAAGUCUUCUCACCGCGAGAAAGUCAAGCGCAAGUGUAAAAUUUUUACAGCGAUUUUCGAAUAAGUUACUUUGCCGAAGUAAACUUUCGAGUAGAUUUUAUGAGAGGUGGAUAACACCCUUUUUCCUUCAUUUCUUUUUUACGGCUAGACCAAUACACUUGUGGUGAAUUUUAGACGGAGAGGUAUGCGCGAGGAAAGAUUUAUCCGAAGGAUUCAUGUCGAACGGUGAAAACUGAAAUGAAGAGGGAGACGAUUCGCUUCUGGACAAUUCGUAGCUUCCCGAGUACGAGUGCACGAACAUUCGCGAAUUGCAUGUAAACGCGGUCGCGCGUGAAACUUACGUUGCUUCGCACCACUUAUUCCAAUCAUCAAUGUGAUUCUGCAUUUUAUCGAUUGUUACACACCCGUGGAUCGUAGCGGCUACAUUGCGUAAACGAUGUGGUAAAGAACACCCGUAUCUCGCGGUUGUUUUCAAUGACUCGGCACACCAGGCAGAGUUCUACUCAUACCACAUGUGUACUAUGUUUCCGUGAAUUCUCGCUGUUCCGUUGACGAAUGCUGUUUUUUAACGUUGAAAAUUCGCACACGAUUCCGCAUCUCCUUUGCCAUAUUGCGACAACCAUACACACAUAUAUAUAUACACACACACAUAUACAGAAUGCUAAAAUCCGCAUGUGAAACUUGCGGAGCGAAAUCAGUUGUAGUUAUGAUCGAAAUACAAAUCUGUUGACACACAUGUGAUGGUUAUAUAUAUAUAUAAAAAGGUUAUAUAUAUUAUAUAUAUACUUUGACAUAUCUCGAAUUAGCUGCGCGGUUGCUAAAUCACGAUAGAUCACACAUUUUCACGCUUAACGAUCUUACAAUGCGCGACAAGUGUGAGCAUAAUUACUGUUAAGCCGCAAAACGGUAAUAAUCGUACGCUAGUUUUAGUUUAAGUAGAUUUUUAUGGAUAGCUGUGUAUUCUCUCUCAAUGGCACCAUAUACACAUAUGUAUACGUACAUACACAUAUAUAUGUAUGUAUACAUAUAUAUCUCCCGUAGCACACUCGUAGAAUCUUCGUGCACCACAUCUCGCUAGCAGAUGGUUUCCAAUCAGUUAAAAAAACAUAGUUAAUUGUGCCGUAUCACUAUGUGCCUUAUAUCCAGAGAACGCGUAUUUGUUACAUCGAAAUUUCGUGUCUUCACCUUCGGUAGAAUGAAAAAUCCCGAUCGACGAUGAUUCAGGACUCGCGAACAGAGAAGCCCUCACGCUCGCAACAGGAUCAAGGUGGUGCCAAAAAAACUCAAAUGUGCUGUACGUAGCGAUUAAUGUGUAUACGAAAAAAAUGAUAAUUUAUUUGUAUCAAUAUCAAAUCGUUUUGGCAACGAGAAA